CAUCAGCUUCAGCCCUGGUCUUUGCACAGACCAGUUCUGUAGUCUGCUGGGGCAUGUGGACACGACAUGUGUGUGUGAAUGUGUGGACACGGCAUGUGAGAACAUGUGGACACGGCAUGUGAGAGUGUGUGGACAUGGCAUAUGAGUGUGGACAGCACAUGUGUGAGAACGUGUGGACACAGCAUGUAAGCGUCUGGACACGGCACAAGUGUGACAGCGUGUGGACAUGGCGUGUGUGGACAUGGCACGUAUGUGAGAGCGUGUGGACACGGCACGUAUGAUAGCAUGUGGACGUGUGUGAGCGUGUGGACACAGCAUGUGUGAAGGUCUGGACAUGGCACAUGUGUGAGCGUGUGUGGACAUGGCACGUGUGUGAGUGUGGACAUGGCAACUGUGAGCAUGUAGAUGCGUGAGAGCAUGCGGACACGGCACAUGUGGGGGAGCGUGUGGACGUGUGUGAGUGUGGACAUGGCAUGUGUGAGCGUCUGGACAUGGCAUGAGUGUGAGAGCAUGUGGACAUGGCAUGUGUAAGUAGACACUGUGAGAGCGUGUGGACACGGGAUGAGUUGUGUGGACACGAGGGCUAUGUGUGUGACAGCGUGUGGACACAUAGCCCAUGUGUGAGAACAGCCACGUAUGUGUGAAGUGGCAGGAAUGGGCUGUGAGGUCAGGCAGCCAUGAGCAAAGGGCAGGGGCAGGCUGGGCAUAGGUUGUGGGGGGCUCAGGGGAGGGCCCUUGCUGGGAGCCCACCCAGGAGCUCAGGGGCCACAGGGACCUGGAACCCAGCGGAGCAGCUUCCCGGUUGCUCCAGCCUCCUGGGGCUAUAGGGAGACAGGGCUUUGUCCAAGCACACUCCCCAGCCCAGACCCACCAGACAGCAGCAAAUGUGCUGACCCCCACCUGGCUCCGACCCUCACCCCACUCCCUGCCCUCCAGCUGCCUGGCCUGCCAAGGAGAGGAUGAAGCCAGCCAAUCCCUGAGGCUUGGGGCCACACCCUGGGCCAGCACGACCCAUAGGGUAUAAAUAGACCUGCUCGGGCGCCCACACCCGGCAACUCACACCUGCCUCAGACCAGAGCUCUGCGCGGGCGAGGGCGCCACAGUCCCUGUGUCCCCACCUGUCUUGGACGGAGCAGAAGCCACACCUGCCAGACCAGUGCCACCGGGACAGCUACUGGUGGCCAGCCCCGGGAGGGAUACCUGCCAGGUGAAGCACAGGCCGGGCCGGGCCCGGAGAAGAGGAAGCAAACUCUGCCAGGGCAGGGGCAGCCCAGGGCCUUAGAGCCCAACUGUGGCCAGCGAGGAGGACCAUGCCCAGGACCCGCUGACCCCCGGCCACCAGCUCCGAGACAUGUCAGGCCAGCAGGUGUGGCACUCGGCCGUGCCCCCCCAUCGCCGGAGCAGCUCCACAGCCUCGAUGCCCAGGUCCCCCAGCUCAGCUGGCAGCCCCAGGUCCCCUGGCACCCCUGGCUCGGAGAAGGUGGCCUCCCCCCUGGAGUGCUCCAUCUGCUUCUCAGGCUAUGACAACAUCUUCAAGAUGCCCAAGGAGCUCUCCUGCACCCACGUCUUCUGCCUGGAGUGCCUGGCCCGGCUGGCGGCUGCUCAGCCUGUGGGCCGCCCCGGCGGUGAGGCUGUACCUUGCCCCUUCUGCAGGCAGCCCACGACCGUGCCACCUGCCGGAGCCCCCGCACUGCGCACCAGCCGCCAGUUGCAGGCCCGGAUGCCAGCGCAUUUGCGGCGCGAGGAGCCCGUGUGGCUGGAGGGCACCAAGCUGUGCUGCCAACCACUGCCCACCACACCUGGCCACAAGCCCAGCUUUGUAUGUGUGGACGUGGGUUUGAGCAAGCCUGCCGAGCCACCCGCACCCGCCCAGGACCCUGCCCCCCGCCGGGGCUGCCUGGCCCGCUGCUGGAUGCGCUGCAGGGACUGGAGGCGCAUGGCACUGGUCUCUGCCCUGCUGCUGGUGCUCUUCUGCGUGGCACUCUGGCCGGUGCAGUGCGCGCUCAAGACUGGGAACCUGCGCUGCCUGCCGCUGCCCCCCCGGCCCCCGGCCACCACCACAGUCACCUCCCCCCUCGGGCCUCUGACUGACAACUAGGGCCACCAGCCUUUGCACAGGUCAGCUGCCCUCACCCAGCUCCAUGGGUGGGUCCCCCACUGGGGGGCUCAAGGGCAAAGCAGCCACUGGAAGUCGAUCCCCAAGGAUGCAAAAGGAGCCUGGCAUCUCUGAAGACUCCUUCUGGGCCCCGCCAAGCCCAGGCUCCAUUUAGCUUGUCCACCCCCACUCUCCAGGCUGGGUGCUGAUGGGGUGGACAAGAGGGUCCCCAAAGCCUCCGGGAACCACAGGUUCACCGGGCGCGGAGGCUCAUGCCUGUCAUCCCAGCACUUUGGGAGGCUGAGGAGGGAGGAUCACUUGAGGUCGGGAGUUCGACACCAGCCUGGCCAACGUGGUGAAACCCCAUCUCUACUAAAAAUACAAAAAUUAGCUGGGCAUUGUGGCGGGCGUCUCUUAGCUACUCGGGAGGCUGAAGCAGGAGAAUUGCUUGAACCCAGGAGGUGGAGGUUGUAGUGAGCCAAGAUUGCACCACUGCAUCCAGCCUGGGUGAAACAGCGGGACCCUGUCUCAAAUUGAAAAAAACAAAAAACAAAACAAAAAACCAGGCUCCUACAGGAAGCGCCCAGGAGAGAAGCUGGUCAGCGCUCCUGCCACUCACACAGUGUGAAUUGCCUGCCAGGGAAGCCCCUUGCCAAGAAGGAAGGAGCCUUGCCAUGCUUCGACUCAUGCCGAUGUGUCCCCCUCAGGGCUGGCCCCACCAUUGGGUGGGGGUGCUAGUCUUGCCCUCUGACUGUGGGGAGAGAGUGGAGGCAGGGCAGCCCCCCAGUGCGAGGUGACCACAGAAACUUCCAGCUGCCCUUGUACAUUUUAAAAUAAAUUAUUUGUAUCCA